AUAUUGGCGAUGCAAAGAUUCUAACUAGCGCCUCUAGUGUCAAAAUUGUGAAGCUGUCUAAGAACGACACUUUGACAGUUUUCGUUACAAUUAACGUCAGGGAAAAACAUAAAUAAUAAAUACAAAUAAGAUUUACGUGGCAUUUUGCUGUUUAAGACAAUAAUUAUGUUGUCAAUAGUCGAUGUAAUUAAUGCGUCUGCAGGAUACACAAAACCAAUGCGUUCUGGUGAAGAAUUAUUACGGAGUGGAAUGGUGAUUUCGGUUGGAAAAAAAGAGAAAAAUAAUAACGUAAUUCAUGUACAAGCACUGGUACUACGAACGUCGGGAUUAAAUUCCAAACAUCCAGCCAUUAUAAAACUGUGGAUAGAUGUAUCUCAAGAAUAUGGAAAUAGAUUAGUUGGUGAUAAUGAACAAGAAGUCACAAAGGUCUGCGAUUGUCCUGCUGGAGCUUCAGAGAAAUGUAAACACAUAUUAGCUGUUAUGCUUUAUCUCUCAAGAACUGAGGAGGCAGAUCUGGAGGACCUGAGUUGUACGGACAUUGAGAAACAAUGGGGUACACUUAAAACUACAGCAUUGAAGGAAUAUGAAGCAAAAUCUUUGUCUGAAAUGUGCCAUGUGAAAGGACAGAGGGACAUCUAUGUGAAAACAAUGCCAGAAGUCACUGAAGAGAUGGAAAGUCGUUGGAGAAUGAAGUUAAUACAGAGCGCACCAAACAGUGAAUAUUCUUUAUUUACAAGUCUAAUUUCUGUAAUCCACUAA